AUGGUAAUAAAUUUAUAUUGCGAGAGCAUUAUAAUGCUGUUUUUUCUUCCGUAUCUGCUGCUAUUUGGUUUCUGCCAGGCUCAAAAGAGUGAAUCAGCAGCCUACAAGCGGACUGCAGUUCCUGCCAUUCUUUCGGAACAGUUUACAAAAGACGAUUUAUCUUCAUGGAGGGAUAGUUGGUUAGAAGCAAGCGAUGCUAAUUACGCUGGAUCUUGGAUGCUCAAGGCAUUGCCAAAACCGAGUUUGAAGAAUGAGUUCGGCCUCGUUACAACGAAGCCCGCAACUUCUCAUAUCCUGUACAAUAAUUUCGAGCGAACGGUAAAGAUACCAAGUGAAACAAUUCCAAUUGUUCUUUCAUUCCAAGUUCGCCCAAUGAAGGAAUGGACUUGUGGACAUUCUUUCGUUAAGGUUCUUAGUACUCCAUACGAAGGAAACACUGAACCUGAGUACUCCAUUCUUUUCGGUCCUAAGAAAUGCGGCCUUAUUGAUCGUGUUGAAUUCAUUAUUCAUCCUCCCGAUGUCCCCUACAUUUACGUAUUGAGAAAUCCUCCUGUAACUGAUAUGAACACUUCCAUGACUUCCGUCUACACUGCUAUCUUGUACAAUGGUUCCUACGAAAUCCGCGUGAACGGAGAAAUAAAAGCAAAAGGUGAUAUCCAAAAGGACUUUGACCGUACACCUCUCUCCCCCAAAGCAAGAAAACUUUAUAAUACCGAUACAAUAACGCCUCCGUACGCCCUCAUCCCGCAUAAAUUAUCAGCCGUCAGUUUAAACGUUUGGAAUCAGAACAAGGAUGUAUAUGUAAACAAUAUCUUUGUCAGUCUUAACGUUAAGGAUGCUGAAGAUUUUGUCAACCAAACUUACGUCGUUAAACAUCUUUUAGAAUCUCAAAACAAGACAGAAGGCACACCUAUUUACGAGUUGCUCUUCAUUCUCCUUAAAGACAGUAUGGAAAAGCUGUUUGAGCUUUUGCGGUAUGUAAAGGUUCACUAUAUGUAUAUUUGGAGCGAACCCCUAUACGACAAAUUCCAGCAUUGGUCAAGUAAUCAUCCAUCUAUGGUUCAGUACUUGCCUACAGUCAUCUUUGGUUCUUUGAUUGUUUUAUGCCUGGGAACUGCAAUGCUUCGUUAA